AACAUCAAAAACAUCAGUAAUCAUUGCAUAAACGUUCAUUUUAUUAAGAUAAAUCUAAUACUGCCACUUACUAAAAAACAACAAGUGUUUGACUAUAAAUGUCCCUGUUAUUUAUCCACAACUGAAGGCUUUUUUCAUGUUUUGUUUUUGCGCAGCGGGUACCAGUUCGCUGGCCUUGAAUACGGGUCCGAGUGUUACUGUGGAAACCGCAUCACGAGCGCCCGCAUGAAAGAGGAGGAGUGUAACUUGGACUGUAAAGGUGAGAAGGGCUCCAUCUGUGGAGGAGUGAGCCGUCUGUCUGUCUACAAGGUGGAGGAGCUGCUGCCUGGACAGAGGAGAUACAGGAACGUGCGCUACCGAGGCUGUUUCAAAAAACCUGACAACACCACCGCAGCGUCCCUGGCUCACGCCGUCCAGCCAAACCUCACCUCGCAGUGGUGCAUUCAGACCUGCAUGGAUCAGGAGUUUCCUCUGGCCCUGGUCAGGAAGCCGGACUGUUUUUGUGGUUUCGCCACUCCUCGAUUCACCCUUCACGAGCCAUUAAAAGAGGAGCUCUGCGCUGUAGAAAACAGCAGUCUGUCCACCCAGAGCUCCCAUCAGCUAUUUCUCCAGGUCUAUCAGACACCUGUUCAAGAUUCCAGAUGCACAGAUAAGAGGUUUUUGCCUGAGAAGUCAAGCACACUGGUGGCUCUGUCCAGUUUUCCUGGAGCUGGAAACACCUGGGUCAGGCACCUGAUUGAGCUCGCCACCGGCUACUACACAGGCAGUUACUACUUCGACGGCACCCUCUACAAUAGAGGCUUCAAGGGUGAGAAAGAUUACUGGAAGAGCGGACGAACCAUCUGCGUGAAGACACAUGAGAGCGGCCAGCGGGAUAUAGAGAUGUAUGACUCAGCAAUACUGUUGAUAAGAAACCCCUACCGAUCGCUCAUGGCCGAGUUCAACCGCAAGUGUGCUGGGCAUCUGGGCUACGCUUCUGAUCAGCACUGGAAGGGCAAAGAGUGGCCAGAGUUUGUGGGUAGUUAUGCCUCCUGGUGGGCCUCUCAUGUGCUGGAUUGGCUGCGCUUUGGAAAGCAGCUUCUGGUGGUGCAUUAUGAGGAUCUGCAGCAAUCGCUGGUGCCAACAUUACGAUCCAUCACCUCUUUCCUCAACACCAGCGUCAGUGAAGAGCAUCUCCUCUGUGCCGAAUGCAACAAGGAUGGUCACUUCAAGCGCUCAGGUGCGCGACGACCCGCCUUCGACCCCUUCACCGCAGAUAUGAAGCGGCUGAUAGAUGGCUAUAUCAACACUGUGGACCAGGCUCUCAGAGCCAGCAACCAUUCUGGAUUACCACAAGAAUACCUUCCUAGAUGAUAAGUCCUCAAGUAGAGCAUUCAUUGAUAAACUCACACACUGAGGCUGAAAAUAACAGCAUGCGGUGCUGUUCUCCACUGGUGCGCUUUGAGACCGUCAUGUUUUAACGGCGGUCUGUAGAUCAGAGACUGUUAAUUAUAAAAAUAGAGCCUGACAAAAACAUCUCUAGUCAGAGGCUAAAUAAGUUUUGCUUUUUCCUUUGGGUGGAAACUUUGAGUGCUUAAUUACACCCUUCAGCCACAAGUCAAUAAGAGGCCUAAUAAACAACUAACACAAUCACUUAUGAACUAAUGAGAGUGGUAGAUCAUAACCACAUGUCAGACACAAUAACUACAGCAUAGUUUUUAUUUUUUUAUUUUUAUUUUUUGAACAUUUCAAUAAAGCUUAAAGAGAGCAACGGUUAACACCAGAGUCCAAAAUAUUCAAAUCAAUUGCUGUUUAUUUCUAGAUAUAAUAAUUGAUUAAAAAAAAAAAAAAACUAUGCCAAGGUGUAAACUGAAUGAAAUCAUACACAUUUAAAGUGUAUGCUAAUGUGUGUAUGUUUUAACGGCAGUCUGUAAAUCAGACUUGAUGAUACAAAUUUAGUCCGGCAGAUCUGAGAAUCAAAAAUAUCUGUAGUCAGAGGUUAAAUAGGUUUGCUUACUCCUUUGUGAGGAUACUUGAGUGCUUGAUCGCAUCCUUCAACUACAAGUCAAUGAGAGACCUAAUAAACAACAACCGCAAUCAUUUAUGAACUAAUGUGAGUGGUAGAUCAUAACCACGUCAGACACAAUAACAACAUCAUCAGUUGCUUUUUUUUUUUUUUUUUUUU